UUGAAAGGAACUACGUCUUGAGAGCGAAGAUGGAGGAGCAGAGCUCGCGCAGUCACUGGGAGGAGCUCUACUACAAGCUGUGCACAGCGGAACAGAAAUGCGCCACGCAAGAGGACGAACUUCUUGCAUUGAGGCAUCAGCUGAAUCUGUUGCAAGAAGACCAGGCUUCCGCCGCUUAUACUGUCGUCCUCAUCGAUGGAAACAAUUUCCUCGCUGCAGGGAAUUUGGUAAGAUUUGGCGACGAUGGAGGCCGGAACCUGGCCAAUUUUAUCGCAGACUACGCUGCAAAAGAAGGUGCCCGAGACUUGUUCAACAAGCAGAGCUUCAAGGUGGUGGCACGAAUCUAUGCAGAUGUUCAGGGCCUGGCCUCCUGUUACCAGAGAGCCGGCGCCGUGCCCAGCGCAGAAGUCUUCCGCAACUUUGUGUAUGGAUUCAAUCAUUUCGGAGUUCACGCUGACAUAAUCGAUAUUGGUCCGAUUUCGAGGAUGGCAGACGAGCGUAUUCGCAACCAAUUAUUGCAUUACCUGAACGACAAGACUUGCUGUGAAAUAAUCCUUGGCUGUCGCAUGGACAGUUCCGUGAUCCCACUGUUACAAGAGAACAGGCUGAACUCAUGGGUCACAUCCAGAGUAAAAUUGCUUGUUGGUGCGCCACAAGACCAGCACACAGCUCUGUCCCACCUCCGGCGCGCUCAUUUGCCCGCCGUUUUUGUUACAGGCGUCCAAUACCUGGAGAAGCAGUACGUUGGGCCAAACCACGAGCGAGCUACUUGCGAGGUCACGAACAACCAGCACACGAAUGCGGCGAGGGAGAAUUGCUCAUCGGCUCAGAAUCGAGAAUUGUGCAGUUCAGUCAGUCUUGUUAGCGUCGAAAAGACACCCGAUACUCUUCUGUCGUUGAAUGAUGCGUGCGCUGUGCCGCGGAGUCACGGCUCUCCUACGCGAUCAUCGGGUACCAGUACUUCCAACCGUAUCGAGGAGAAUACUGCUGCCGACUCGGCUUGGUCGCGCGUUGCAUCGCGAGCAGCCAAGCUCCCUUUCAAAGAUCUCGCAAAGAUCUCGCCUCCCGUCAAGACUAAUGGUAAAGUGAUCUUGCUGAAUGCGGAAGGCCGCCGCCUUGAUGUUGCGAUGUCAUAUGAUGCACAGAAGGUCGCGGAGAUGAAGAAAUUCAAAUAUUGUAAUCAGCAUUACAUCGGCAAAGGGUGCUGCCAUUACAUCUGUGGCAAUGAUAAUUGUCCGCAUCGACAUGACGUCAAUCUCUCCAAGGAGGACAAGAAGUGGCUUCGGCUAGUUGCACGAGAGACAGUUUGCAAGAAGGGAACGUCUUGUCAAGAUGCAGAUUGUAUCUAUGGCCAUCAUUGCCCAUAUCCUAAAUCGGGCUCUGGAUCGGUCUGCGUCAAUGGCGAUAGUUGUCGCUUCAGAGCCAUGCACGGCAUGGAUCUUGUUGUUGCAACCCGAAUUCCAGCCGGAAACAUGCCUCGAAAAGAACGUUAGGAUGCAUGAUCGCCAUGAUUCUGC